UGUUUGUGUCACUCUUGUUUGGACGCGCGUUGCUGAACGUUCGCAGCGAGCACUCGAUUUCUCUCAGUGCCGCACUCGUAACACGUUGCGUAUGCGUAACGCGCACUCAGUUCUGUUUUUGGCGAGUUUUCCAUCGAUUUACACAAGAUAUUUCCCUCAAGUGCCGCGAAAAUUGAAAAUUACCACUAACGAUGACAAUCAACGGGCAGCUAUAGUUUUUGGUCAACAGCUAAACACGAUACAUUAGCUAAACUCGCGCAAAGGCCAGCGGUAAUACGCGUUUCCCACUGCCGACGGCAAAACAACACAAAACACAAAAGUGCUACAAGUAACUAGAAUUUAGUUAUUUUUCCCCCACGAAAAUAAACCAAAAAAAAAAAAACAACACAGUGCAAUGAUCAAGCUGAGUUAAUGAAAACCAAAACCAAAAACACACUCACGCAAAAGUGCUAGCAAAAAGUUCUCUUGAUGAAAAAUCACCUGUCCAACGUUCUGUGUGCGAUGCGUAGUGACUUCAAGGAUAAUCACCAGGAGACCAUCAAUAAAAUGAUACAAUUUGGUACAGUGAAAUAUGGCAUUGUCAAACAGCUGAAGGAUCGCGCUCGCAGCGCCGACAAAGACAUCGGUAGCGAUCAGGAGGAGAAUGGUGGCUGCUCGCCACUGACCACGGCCACCACGACGGCCAGUCCCAGCCGGAGUCCCGAACCGGAGGAGGAGCACCACGAGCAGCACCACGAGGAGCAGCACGAGGAGCAGAGUGCUCCAGAGCAGAGCUUAGCAGAGCAGAGCAACCCAGAGCACCAGAACGAUAUCAAGUUCGAGGCGAAAUCAGAGAUAGAGCCCGUUGAGGAUAACAACAACCGAGUGGCGAUGACAAAGCCCAGUUCCGAGGAGCGGGAACCGAAUGCCAGUGGCUCCAUGCCGAGCUCACCGGUGGCGGAGGCCAGUGCCGAGGAGGCGGCAACCGAGAGGGCGCCAGAGAAGGAGAAGGACGUCGAGGUGGAUGUGGAGAUGCACGAUGAGGCACCCAGCAGUGCGCUGCCCGCCACGGAGGUAACUCUGCCGGUCGGAGCAGGAGCACCGGUCACCCUGGAGGCCAUACAGAAUAUGCAAAUGGCCAUUGCCCAGUUUGCGGCCAAGACCAUUGCGAAUGGUGCGACUGGAGCCGACAAUGAGGCUGCCAUGAAGCAGCUGGCCUUUCUGCAGCAAACCCUAUUCAAUCUGCAACAGCAGCAGCUCUUCCAGAUCCAGCUGAUCCAGCAGCUCCAGUCGCAGCUGGCCCUCAAUCAGGCCAAGCAGGAUGAGGAUGUCGAGGAGGAUCAGGAUCAGGAGCAGGAUCAGGAUCAGGAACAGGAAACAGAUACGUACGAGGAGGAGGAGCGCAUUGCCGACAUGGAACUGCGCCAGAAGGCGGAGGCCAGAAUGGCGGAGGCCAAGGCGCGUCAGCAUCUGAUAAAUGCAGGUGUUCCACUGCGCGAGUCCUCCGGUUCUCCAGCUGAGUCGCUGAAAAGGAGACGUGAGCAUGACCACGAGUUGCAGCCAAAUCGUAGACCGAGUUUGGAUAACACACACAAGCCAGAUACGGCACAGGAUGCGCUGGCCAAGCUAAAGGAAAUGGAGAACACACCACUGCCCUUCGGUUCCGAUCUGGCCUCCAGCAUCAUCACCAACCACGAUGAUCUGCCCGAGCCGAAUUCGCUGGAUCUGCUGCAGAAACGUGCCCAGGAGGUGCUGGACUCCGCGUCGCAGGGAAUCCUCGCAAACAGCAUGGCUGAUGACUUCGCCUUUGGCGAGAAAUCGGGUGAGGGAAAGGGUCGCAACGAGCCGUUCUUCAAGCACCGCUGCAGGUACUGCGGUAAGGUCUUUGGCUCGGAUUCGGCGCUCCAGAUCCACAUUAGAUCGCACACUGGCGAGCGACCCUUCAAGUGCAAUGUGUGCGGCAGUCGGUUCACCACCAAGGGAAACCUGAAGGUUCACUUCCAGCGACAUGCCCAAAAGUUCCCCCAUGUGCCCAUGAAUGCCACGCCCAUUCCCGAGCACAUGGACAAGUUUCAUCCGCCGCUGCUGGAUCAAAUGUCGCCCACGGAUAGCUCUCCCAACCAUUCCCCCGCCCCGCCGCCAUUGGGCUCUGCUCCGGCCUCCUUUCCGCCCGCCUUUCCCGGCCUCCAGAACCUCUAUCGUCCGCCCAUGGAGAUCCUGAAGAGCUUGGGAGCAGCGGCGCCACACCAAUAUUUCCCGCAGGACUUGCCCACGGAUCUGCGAAAGCCCUCGCCGCAAUUGGACGAGGAUGAGCCGCAGGUUAAGAACGAGCCCGUUGAGGAGAAGGACCAGCGGGAGGAGGAGCACGAACAGGAGAUGGCCGAGUGUUCAGAGCCCGAGCCGGAACCACUGCCCCUGGAGGUUCGCAUCAAGGAGGAGCGUGUGGAGGAGGAGCCAGACCAGGUUAAACAGGAGGACCAUCGCAUUGAGCCACGAAGGACACCCUCUCCUUCGGCAGAGCACCGCUCCCCGCAUCACCACCGCCACAGUCACAGCCACAGCCACAUGGGCUAUCCGCCAGUGGUGCAGCCCAUCCAGCCGGCCGCCCUAAUGCAUCCGCAACCCUCGCCGGGCUCCCAAUCCCACCUGGAUCACCUGCCCACGCCGGGACAGUUGCCACCCCGCGAGGAUUUCUUUGCGGAGCGUUUCCCCCUCAACUUUACCACCGCCAAGACGCUUUCCCCCGAACACCACUCGCCCAUCAGAUCGCCCGCAGGUGGAGCCCUGCCGCCGGGUGUUCCACCGCCGCCGCAUCACCACCCGCACCACAUGGCCAGAUCGCCGUUCUUCAAUCCCAUCAAGCACGAGAUGGCCGCCCUGCUGCCGCGCCCACACAGCAACGACAACUCGUGGGAGAACUUCAUCGAGGUCUCGAACACCUGCGAGACCAUGAAGCUCAAGGAGCUGAUGAAGAACAAGAAGAUCAGCGAUCCCAAUCAGUGUGUCGUCUGCGAUCGUGUGUUGUCCUGCAAGAGUGCCCUCCAGAUGCACUACAGAACCCACACCGGCGAGCGCCCAUUCAAGUGCCGGAUCUGCGGCAGGGCCUUCACCACCAAGGGCAACCUGAAGACCCACAUGGCGGUGCACAAGAUUCGGCCGCCGAUGAGAAACUUCCACCAGUGCCCCGUUUGCCACAAGAAGUACUCCAAUGCGCUGGUCCUGCAGCAGCACAUCCGAUUGCAUACGGGUGAGCCCACGGAUCUGACGCCGGAGCAAAUCCAGGCGGCCGAGAUCAGGGAUCCGCCGCCUUCGAUGAUGCCCGGUCACUUUAUGAAUCCCUUCGCUGCGGCUGCCUUCCACUUCGGCGCUCUACCCGGCGGUCCAGGUGGUCCUCCGGGUCCGAAUCAUGGCGCCCACAAUGGCGCCUUGGGCUCGGAGUCGUCGCAGGGUGAUAUGGAUGAUAAUAUGGACUGCGGCGAGGACUACGACGAUGAUGUGUCCUCGGAGCACCUCUCCAAUAGUCAUCUCGAGCAGGAGGGCGACCGCUCGCGGUCUGGUGACGACUUCAAGUCCCUGCUGUUCGAGCAGAAGCUGAGAAUCGAUGCUACCGGUGUGGUCAACACGAAUCCCGUCAGGCCGCGUUCCUCCGCCUCGAGCCAUGGCCAUUCGGUGGGCUCCACCUCUGCGCCCACCUCGCCCAGCGUACAUGCAUCCUCCCUGGCCAUCAAGCCCAGUUCCUCGCCCGCUCGUUCGGAGGCCUCGCAGGGAGCCUUGGACUUGACGCCCCGCGCUGCUCCCACCUCGAGUUCCAGCUCGCGAUCGCCCUUGCCCAAGGAGAAGCCCAUCAGUCCACCCAGCCUGCCCAGGAGCCCCAGUGGUCCCGGCAAUGCCCCCGCCAACCUACUGACCUCACCCCUGCCGCCCACCGUGGGCAUUGACUGCCUGCCCCCCGGCUUGCAGCACCAUCUGCAGCAGCAGCAUCAGCACUUGAUGCAACAACAGGCGGCAGUGGCAGCGGCAGCAGCUGCCCAGCACCACCAUCACCAGCAAAUGGCUGCACUGCAUCAGCAUCAGGAGCAACUGCGUCGCGAGGCAGCCGAGGCGCAGCAAAAGGCCGCCGCAGCAGCUGCAGCAGCGGCCGCAGCAGCCGCCGCCCAGCGGCAAUCCCCGCCGCAAGCUCGCGAUCAGCGGCAGGAGGGCGGACCGGGAGCGGGACCGCCGCCCAAUCCGCUGAUGGGCGCCCGCCCGCCCUUCGGCAUGUUCCCCAACCUGCCCCUCUUCCCGCCCGCCACCACCCAGAACAUGUGCAAUGCCAUGAACCAGAUCGCCCAGUCCGUGAUGCCGGCGGCACCAUUCAACCCGCUGGCGCUCAGCGGGGUGCGCGGCAGCACCACCUGCGGCAUCUGCUACAAGACAUUCCCCUGCCACUCGGCGCUGGAGAUCCACUACAGGAGCCACACCAAGGAGCGGCCCUUCAAGUGCAGCAUCUGCGAUCGCGGCUUUACAACCAAGGGCAACCUGAAGCAACACAUGCUAACUCAUAAGAUCCGCGAUAUGGAGCAAGAAACCUUCAGAAAUCGUGCCGUAAAGUAUAUGAGUGAGUGGAACGAAGAUCGCGAAUAAGUAAACACUCUACACUACCACGAUUCCGAUCCAGAUGGUUUAAUCGCCGAUCAGGAUCACUUGACUCCCGGAAAGAGUUUGGCGAUCGCAGUCCAGACCCAGUCAAGAUGCAAUCGAUUCUCGCAACCAAAUGAUCUCAAGUUUUAGAGCGAAAUGAGGGGGAGAAGGAGCUCGACUCUGGUGAAGAUCGGUCGUGUACACAAAUCUUUAUAUUUAUAAAUUGUUGCCCACAAAAAUAUUACUUGAUUGUGCUUCCGAGCGAAAAGUGAAAAAGUUUCCAAUUGCAAAAUGCGAUCAAAUGAUCAAUGAUCGAUGAUCGAUUAUGGUCCCGCUCCGAGACUUUCAUAAACAACAAUUUUUUAUGAUCUAGCCGGGGAAUUUCGCUGUGAGCACACGUACACCCGCACUAAGGAGGGAUCAUGAAACGUAUCCAAAGAUGCAUCAAAAGCGAUUUGUGUUCCAGCUAAACAAAUGGAAAGAUGUGCUGAUCUGGAACCAAAGGCUGCUUGGUAUGGAGAGACUGAUGGCGUUUCAUGUUCCACAAACACUGAAUCACUACGGAAUCUAAACUAAAUCCAAAUCCAAAUCCGAAUACGAGUCCGAAUCCGAAUCCGAGGCAGCUGAAGCAGGCAGUGAAGGCGUAGUAAAAUCAAAAUUCGAAUUUAAAGCAGAUCUUAAGGUAUAUGCUAAUAUUAAAAUAAUAGGUACCUAAGCGAGACAUGUGUACAUACGUAUAUAUAAAUAUAUAUGAUAUAUUAUAACCAAAACCCCAACACAGACACACGCAUAAGCAUACACGUUAAUAAUCUAUUUGGAAUGUGCAAUAAUAUGACAUGCUAUAAAUUUAGAUGCGAUCGCCGAGCGCAGGCUUUUGUUUCCUACUACUCGUAAAUUAGAUUUAUUUUCCACUUCUUGUACAUACUUCGUAUAUAUAUAUAGACACACUUAUUAUCAUUAAAACACACACACACAUUUCGAAAUCCAAACACUUUGCUUUCGAGUAUGGGUUAGGAGCUACAAAUGGAAUAAAAAUCUAAAAAAAUAUA